GAGAAACACUUCAUUUCUGAAGAUUCCAUUGUCGUAAUCUGUUGUUGGAACAUUCCGUUUAUAGAGAUUUUACAUUUGUAAUGCAUUGAGGAAAUGUAUAUUUUCUGAGAUCUAAUCCGACCAGUUCUACAAAACACAGAAAGUAGUCUGGGAAAGGAAUAUUUGAACAAUUAGAAGUGCACAUAAUGCAGAAAAUGGGAUAGGGAGGGACAUAAUAGAUAAGGAAGAAGUUUAAAAUUCUCAGUUUAUCUAUCAUCUCAUGUUUUUUACGUGUACCACAGACACAAUGGCUUCCUCAGAGAGCAUGAUGCCCAGUGGCUAUAAGAUUUUCACCACAAUGCCUGAUAUUCUCUUCAUUCCAGAGUUUGUAUUUGGUGGAUUGAUGUGGACACUAGUGGCCUCCACCAAAGUGGAACAAGCAAAUCCUCAGGGCUGGGUGAUGUUUGUGUCACUUUUCUGCCUCCUUAUCAACACUCUCUGGUUCUUCAUAUUUAUUACUGGCAUAAACCAGAAAAGCAUCUGGCCUAGCUUGGAUGUAGGAUAUCAUUCCUUCAGUGUAUUCUUUUAUCUGAGUGCUGCAGUGCUUUUGGCUAAUGUCACUAUCGGAAAACAAGGAUUGGAUAAACUGUACCAGCUAGACAUUGCUGCCGUGAUCCUCUGCAAAAAACAUCAUAAUACUACAGUCCGUCAGGUUAUGGCAUUUAUUGUCACAUUACUGUACUGGAUCCUCUCUGCUCACCGAUGGAAGUCCUCUUGAAGAAUGUCUGAAGUCCAACUGAAAGCCACAAAAGGGAAACACUCAUUCAACAGAACAUCACUGCCAAACCCUAGAUUAACCAAAUAACGAACAACGAAUCAACAGAGAUUUUUACAAAAGCUGUGCAGAACAGAUUUUAUCUUAUUGCACCAUUUCUGUUGUUUGACAUAACUAAGUGAACAGUUUUUUUUUUUUUUUUUUUUUUUUCAUUUUUGCAAGCAGCACAUUAAAGUUACCUCUUGUUACUUGUUGUAUUAUGAUUGUUGGAUGCUGUUUUUAAAGACUUACCAGAUGAUGUCAUUGUCUGUAAACCUGUAAUAAAAGACUAAGUGAUUAACUCCACAAAAACACCACCCUCGAACCAAUAAACAGAGUAUCAGAAACAGAUCCUUACAU